AUGGCUACGAAAAGUCCUAGGGAGGCUCUUCUCACUAAAGCCAAAUUGGCUGAGCAAAUUGAGCGAUAUGAUGAUAUGGCCCAAUUCAUGCAUAAGAUCGUGGAUCUUAAUGAUGAAUCCGCUCCCGAGUUAACCGUCGAGGAGCGUAACCUCCUUUCUGUCGCUUAUAAGAAUGUGAUUGGUGCUCGUCGUUCUUCGUGGCGAAUCAUCAGUGCGAUUGAGUCCAAGGAUGAGGGCAAUGAACGCGUCAAGAAUAUUAGGGCAUGCCGCGAACAAGUUGAGAAGGAACUUAAGCAAAUGGCUAAUGAGAUCUUGUCCCUUCUUGAAAAGACACUUAUUCCUCGUGCGCAGAAUGCUGAUUCUAAAGUAUUUUAUUACAAAAUGCAGGGCGAUUACAACAGAUACCUUGCCGAGAUCGCUACGGCAUCUGAACGGGAUGAGGUUGCAAAACGUAGUUUGGAUGCUUACAAGGUUGCCACUGACAUUGGUACUGCUGAGCUUCAGCCAACCCAUCCUAUCCGACUUGGCUUGGCUUUGAAUUUCUCUGUUUUUUACUAUGAAAUUAUGAAUAAGCCCCAGCAAGCCUGUCAAAUUGCCAAACAGGCGUUUGACGAUGCUAUUGCUGAACUUGAUACUCUCAAUGAAGAGAGUUACAAGGAUUCGACCCUCAUAAUGCAACUGCUUCGCGAUAACCUCACCCUGUGGAGGUCCGAUGUUGACAAUGACGAAGCGGAGAAAAAUUCCCCCGAGGGUGACAAGCGGGAUUAG